AACUAGUGUCACCAUAUAUUAAAAAACAAGACACAAACAUGCGAAAGGCUAUUCCCGAACAAAUACGCUUAGCUGUGACACUUCGAUUUCUUGCAUCUGGUGACAGUUAUAAAAGUCUUUCGGUCUUCUUCCGUGUUGCCCCAAAUACCAUAUCACUUUUCGUACCAAUUGUUUGUGAUGCUAUUUAUAAAGCGUUAAAAGGUGCAUACAUAAAGAUACCAUCCACGCAGGAAGAAUGGAAUGUCGUUGCUUUCAAAUUUAACAAACUAUGGAACUUCCCGAACUGCAUAGGGGCGGUUGACGGCAAACAUGUGCAAAUUAUAGCACCACCUAAUUCAGGAAGCACCUUCUAUAACUAUAAAGGUACACAUAGUAUAGUGCUAAUGGCAGUUGUUGAUGCCGAAUACAACUUUUUAUACGUUGAUGUUGGCUGUAAUGGUCGUGUGUCGGAUGGUGGAGUCUUUGGAGACUGUACUUUUCAACGUGCUUUAAACAAUAAUGAGCUAAAUUUGCCACUUCCAAAACCAUUGCCAGGUCGUCAAGCAAAUGUUCCAUUUGUUUUGGUUGCGGAUGAUGCUUUCCGCAUGCAGAAACAUUUGCUGAAGCCAUAUCCUGGUAAAAGUUUAUCUGCAGGGCAGAGAAUAUUUAACUACAGGCUAUCGAGAGCACGACGUGUUGUAGAAAAUGCAUUUGGCAUAAUGGUCAAGCGAUUUCAAAUUUUUUCACGCCCUUCCAAGCUUAAUGCAGAGAAAACAACCUCUACAACUCUAGCUUGCUGUGCAUUACACAAUUUUUUGUUAAAAAAAAAUUUAAAUUAUACAACGUCGUUGCUUGUUGAUCGCUACGAUGAGGACGGUGCUUUAAUUCCUGGUACAUGGCGAAAUGACUUCCCACUAGAUGCUGUGAGUGGAACAGAAAAUGUUCCAAGUUCUUAUAUAACAAGUGAAGCAAAGGCUGUUCGGGAUGAAAUGGAAAAGUAUUUCAUGUCUCCUAUUGGAGAAUUGAGCUGGCAAUAUAAAAAUAUAUAA